AUCAAAUACAAAUAAUAAUAAUUUGAAAUAAUUUAAUUCAAAGGUAUCUAAUUUAUAUUAUAGUUCGAGUAUUUUUUUUAAAAAAGAUAUUUUAUUACUAUAAUUCUUGUUACUCUUUUCUAGUUAUUUCUAUUAUAAAUUUUUUAAACAAACAAACAAACACACACAAAUUUUUAUAAAUAUUUUUAUAUAAAUUUUUAUAUUUUUUUUUUAAUCAUCUAUUAAAUUUAUACUGUUCUUUGUAAAAUAAUAUAUCGACAUUAUAAAUUUUAUCUUUAUUUUUUAAAACUUGUUUUAUUCUUGUUCAUUGUUAAAUUUUAAUCGACCUGAAUAAUUUUUAUUUUAAAAAAUAUUUUCAACCCUUUUUUUUUAUUUUUUUUAUUCUUAACACACUUCAUAUUUUUAAAAAAAAAUUUCCAAUUUUUUGUUUAAAAAUUUAAUUUAUCAAUUAUUUGUAUUUUAAAACAACAACUACAUAUUCAACAACAUAUAUCAAAACAAAAUGUCAAAACCACAAAAUAUUGGUAUUCAUGCUAUUGAAGUUUACUUCCCAAGUACCUAUGUCGCCCAAGAAGAUCUCGAAAAGUUUGAUGGUGUUUCCGCUGGCAAAUACACUCUUGGUCUCGGCCAAACCAACAUGGCUUUCUGUGGUGAUAGAGAAGAUAUCUAUUCUUUAUCAUUAAAUGCUGUCAAUAACCUCAUGGAAAAGUUCAAUGUUGAUCCACAAUCCAUUGGUCGUCUCGAAGUCGGAACUGAAACUGUCAUCGAUAAAUCAAAAUCUGUCAAAACCGUUCUUAUGGAUCUCUUUGCCAAACACGGUAACACUUCAAUUGAUGGUAUUGAUACCAUCAAUGCUUGUUAUGGUGGUACAUCUGCCCUCCAUAACGCUCUCCAAUGGAUGGAAUCCUCAUAUUGGGAUGGUCGUAAUGCUAUUGUAGUUGCUGGUGAUAUCGCUGUAUACGAAAAAGGUCCAGCUCGUCCAACUGGUGGUGCUGGUGUUAUUGCUAUGCUCAUUGGUCCAGAUGCUCCAAUCGUUUUCGAAAGUGGUCUUCGUGGUGUUCAUAUGGAAAAUGUAUAUGAUUUCUACAAACCAGAUAUGGAUUCUGAAUACCCAAGAGUCGAUGGUAAACUUUCCAUCUCUUGCUACUUUAGAGCAAUCGAUAACUGUUACAAUCGUUAUGCUAAAACUUUCGAAAAGAAAUAUGGUCAAAAAUUCACUCUUGAUCAAGUAGAUUAUGCUCUUUUCCAUUCACCAUACAACAAAUUAGUCCAAAAAUCAUUUGGUAGAAUGUUAUAUAACGAUUUCUUAAAUAAUAAAAAUGACGCCAAAUUCCAAACUUUAGAACAAUACAAACAGUUCCAACCAGAAGAAACCUAUUUCAAUACCGAUCUUGAAAAAGCUUUAACUGCUCUUACUAAAACUGAUUAUCAAAGUAAAGUUGCACCAACUACAAACUUAGCUAAACAAUUAGGUAACACCUAUUGCGGUUCAACCUAUGCUGGUCUCUUAUCAUUAGUCGACGAAAAAUCAAACGAUUUAUUAGGUAAAAGAGUUUUAACUUUCUCAUAUGGCUCAGGUCUUGCUGCCAGUGCUUUCUCAUUCAAAGUUGAAAAACCAAUCAAUCACAUCGUCGAAAAGGUUGACCUCAAGAAUCGUCUUGCUAAUCGUGUUCGUGUUUCCCCACAAGAAUUCACCGAUAAACUUAGUCUUCGUGAAACUAGACACAAUCUCAAAGAUUAUGUCCCAUCAGAUCAAGUUCAAAAUAUGUUCCCAGGUUCAUUCUAUCUCUCACAUGUCGACGAAGCUGGUAAAAGAAAAUAUGAUCGUACCUUUGCUACCUCAUCACCAUCACCAUCAAGUUUUUUUCAAAGAAGAUCACCAAUGAUGAUCAACAAAAAUAAUCAAAUGAUGGUUAAAGGUUUAACUUUCAGAACUGCCAAAACUGUUUUAAGUUUAUUAAAAAAAUAAACACACCACCGCUCCAUUAAUUUUUUUUUUUAAAUUAAUUUUAUAUAAUCCACAAUUAACCAGAAAAAAAAAAAAUCC